AUGAGACUAGGAGACACAGCAGGAAAGAACACAACGAGACUAGGAGACACAGCAGGAAAGAACACAACGAGACUAGGAGACACAGCAGGAAAGAACACAACGAGACUAGGAGACACAGCAGGAAAGAACACAACGAGACUAGGAGACACAGCAGGAAAGAACACAACGAGACUAGGAGACACAGCAGGAGAGAACACAACGAGACUAGGAGACACAGCAGGAAAGAACACAACGAGACUAGGAGACACAGCAGGAAAGAAGACAACGAGACUAGGAGACACAGCAGGAAAGAACACAACGAGACUUGGAGACACAGCAGGAAAGAACACAACGAGACUAGGAGACACAGCAGGAAAGAACACAACGAGACUAGGAGACACAGCAGGAAAGAACACAACGAGACUAGGAGACACAGCAGGAAAGAACACAACGAGACUAGGAGACACAGCAGGAAAGAAGACAACGAGACUAGGAGACACAGCAGGAAAGAAGACAACGAGACUAGGAGACACAGCAGGAAAGAAGACAACGAGACUAGGAGACACAGCAGGAAAGAAGACAACGAGACUAGGAGACACAGCAGGAAAGAACACAACGAGACUAGGAGACACAGCAGGAAAGAACACAACGAGACUAGGAGACACAGCAGGAAAGAAGACAACGAGACUAGGAGACACAGCAGGAAAGAACACAACGAGACUAGGAGACACAGCAGGAAAGAAGACAACGAGACUAGGAGACACAGCAGGAAAGAACACAACGAGACUAGGAGACACAGCAGGAAGUGCAAAAUAA